GUCGAGCAGCCGAAAAGGUCGAGAGAAUUGUCCAACGAUCUGUUUUUUGGGUACUGAACAGGCAUAAAGGGAAAGCAAGGGAGUCUCGUGUAGUGGUGACUUGAUCCAUCUCCAACCUUCAGACGAUCUCUUUCCCAGUCUCUUGAUACAUCACCGACAUCCUUACAUCCUCUAACAAUCGAGUGUCCCACUCAACCGUUCCCCUUCAUUUAUCAAACAAAGAUGGCCCAGAGAAAGAGUAUCGUAGUGACAGGUGGUGCGAGUGGAAUCGGCCUGGGAAUCACUCGUUCGUUUGCCGAACAAGGGGCUCACAUUUCCGUCCUGGACGUGAACACGGACGGCACCAACAUCAUCAAGAAUCUCUCCACGGAAUUCUCCGGAGCAAGCUUCUCAUUCCACAAGGUCGACAUUUCCAAGUGGGAGGAGUUGGCGGCGGCAUUCGAGCAGAUCUACAGAGACCAGGGCCGGAUUGACGUGGUCAUGGCCAAUGCCGGAAUUUCCAGGGAACAAUCACUCAUCCUCGACGAAGAGGCUCCUUCCAAGCCAACCCUUCCGACACUGGACGUCAAUCUGACCGGCACCAUCUACACCGUUAAACUGGGAAUCCAUUAUAUCAGAAAGAACGCCACCGUGAACGGCGCGACGCCUGCAUCCAAGGGAUCCAUCAUCUGCACAGCCUCGAACGCCGGCAUCUAUCCUUUCCCCGUCGCCCCCAUAUACGCCGCGUCCAAGUCGGGCGUGAUCGGUCUGGUGAGAGCGCUAGCGAGACCUCUCGAGAGGCACGCGAUCCAAAUCAACGCAUUGGCCCCGGCUGUGCUAGAAACCAACAUCGCUCCCAGCAAAGACCUCUUCAAGCCGAUGAUCAUUACUCCCAUGUCGACGCUGACCAGGGGUGUUCAACAGCUGGUGUCAACUCCCUCGUUGACCGGACAAGUUGCUGAGAUCCACGGCAACAACGUGACAUUAAGCCAGCCGCCUCCAUACGUGGACGAGGAUACUGGAAAGAACAUCGAGACGUUUUGGUCGCUAGGAUACGCAUAAAUGUUUCAUAUUCCGAUAUAAAUGACGC